AUCCACAUGCCAAUCGUCGACACACCCAUCAUCCAUCACCCAUCAAUCAACCCUUGUCAAAUCAGACAGUAUCUGUGUGGUUGCAUUCUUGGCAUCUUCUGAAUAUUGAAUCUCGCAGCCACGUCAUUUCCUUCCUUCCCAAAACAGGCCUCUACUUCCACAAUGGACAGAGACGUCGAUAAUGCGAACCCGACCAUAUUGACUGCAGCACAGCUGCCUACGCGGCAGAGCAAGAAGAACCUGGCAAGGAAGGGCCCAGACAACAAGUACGACGGUAUCAUCUUGGCCAAGCCCGACUUCCUAUCCCGCCCUUUCUGUGACGCCGACGACUUCCUGUGGCCCGACAGGGAUGAUGCGAAUGAGGAGUUCACACAGGAGCCCAUUGACGAGCAAGAGAUAUACGACCUCAUAUCAACUAUUUCUGACCCAGAACAUCCCUUGUCCCUGGGUCAACUAGCCGUCGUCAAUUUGCCUGACAUUUACAUCACACCGGCGCCAACAGCUCAGCAGGACCCCAAUGCGCUAAUCACUGUCUUGGUCGAGGUAACGCCGACUAUCACACACUGUUCCCUUGCGACGGUCAUUGGGCUUGGGAUUAGGUUUCGAUUGGAGCAGGCGCUGCCGCCUAACUACCGCAUUGACGUGAGGAUCAAGGAGAACACGCAUAGUCAGGACGAGCAGGUUAACAAGCAGCUCGGUGACAAGGAGAGAGUGGCUGCCGCUAUCGAGAAUGACACCUUGAAAGGUGUCCUCGACAAAAUGCUUGAAACAUGCGUCUGAUACAAAUGGGAAUAUUCCACUUUCAACUUCACAUUCA